AUGGAGCACGCUACACGACGAGCGAUUCUCAAUAGCCCACUUUAUUUAAUGGAAUUCAAGCACCUUGGUGUUAUCGGCCUUCUCAAAGAUGUACUUGUGACUCGUAACAUAGAUUUAGAGUACGGCCAAGAACCUUCGCGGCUCUUAUGUUCGCUUGUACGGCUAUAUAUGCUUCGUCCAGACAGAUCCAUCGUCCAUGAAAUACUCUCCGCAAGGGGCUUUGCAUAUGCAACAGCCUUCGCAGCCAUUCACGUCCGCAGCUACUGGUCCUCUCUGGACAUUCACAAGGCUCUGACACCUCUACUAAACAACUAUACUAAAAUCCGCGUCUCCGGCCUGAAGACGCUAGGUCUACAAGGACACGUUCCCCUCGACGUUUUUGUUGAAGCCCUCCUGCAUCAGCCUUCCACCUUAUCUACAUGCAGUGGAACCUUCGCACCUAUGGGCUGCCUCCGCCUUCCCCUCCUGACGAAGCGGGAACUCUUCGAACUCUCUGGGAAGCUGCGUCCAUUCAGUGAAGAGCUGCAAGAGAUGUUAAGAGAGAAAGCAGCAGAGAAUGGUUCACAUGCAGAAAUGAAUGUUGUCAGUUGA